CCCUCCUCUCUUCCCCCUCCCUGGGUCCGUCCCUCUCCCGGUCCCGCAUCGCUCGCCCGCUUGCCGGGCGCACGCUCCGCCUCCGUCAGUCGGCCCAGCUGUCUAGUGCUCGGCGUGGAGCGGCGCCGGGGCCGGACGCGCGGCCGGGGCUGGGGGCUGGGAGCUCGGCGCGCACGGCCUCCGUGCGCGAGAUCGGCGCCCGCCACCGGGCGAGGCCUGCGCCGGGAUGGCGGAGAUGGGAAGCAAGGGGGUGACGGCGGGGAAGAUCGCCAGCAACGUGCAGAAGAAGCUCACCCGCGCGCAGGAGAAGGUCCUCCAGAAGCUGGGGAAGGCGGAUGAGACAAAGGAUGAGCAGUUUGAACAGUGUGUCCAGAAUUUCAACAAGCAGCUGACCGAGGGCACCCGACUGCAGAAGGAUCUCCGGACCUACCUGGCCUCGGUCAAAGCUAUGCACGAAGCCUCCAAGAAGCUGAACGAGUGUCUGCAGGAGGUAUAUGAGCCUGACUGGCCCGGCAGGGAUGAGGCAAACAAGAUUGCAGAGAACAAUGACCUGCUAUGGAUGGAUUUCCACCAGAAGCUGGUGGACCAGGCGCUGCUGACCAUGGACACGUACCUGGGCCAGUUCCCUGACAUCAAGUCCCGCAUCGCCAAGCGGGGGCGGAAGCUGGUGGACUACGACAGUGCCCGGCACCAUUACGAGUCCCUUCAAACUGCCAAAAAGAAGGAUGAAGCCAAAAUUGCCAAGGCUGAGGAGGAGCUCGUCAAAGCCCAGAAGGUGUUUGAGGAGAUGAAUGUGGAUCUUCAGGAGGAGCUGCCAUCCCUGUGGAAUAGCCGUGUAGGUUUCUAUGUCAACACGUUUCAGAGCAUUGCAGGCCUGGAGGAAAACUUCCACAAGGAGAUGAGUAAGCUCCACCAGAACCUCAACGAUGUGCUGGUCAGCCUGGAGAAGCAGCAUGGGAGCAACACCUUCACGGUCAAGGCCCAGCCCAGAAAGAAAACUAAACUGUUCUCCCGGCUGCGCAGAAAGAAGAACAGUGACAGCGCCCCUGCAGUUGGGAACAAGAGCCCUUCACCUCCGCCAGAUGGCUCCCCUGCCACCACCCCUGAGAUCAGAGUCAACCAUGAGCCCGAGCCGGCCAGCGGGGCCACAGCCGGGGCCACCAUCCCCAAGUCCCCGUCUCAGCUCCGGAAAGGCCCACCAGUCCCUCCGCCUCCCAAACACACCCCGUCCAAGGAGGUCAAGCAGGAACAGAUCCUCAGCCUGUUUGAGGACACAUUUGUCCCUGAGAUCAGCGUGACCACCCCCUCCCAGCCAGCAGAGGCCUCGGAGGUGGCGGGUGGGACCCAACCUGCCACUGGUGCCCAGGAGCCUGGGGAGACAGCAGCAAGUGAAGCAGCCUCCAGCUCUCUUCCUGCUGUUGUGGUGGAGACCUUUCCAGCAACGGUGAAUGGUACCGUGGAGGGCGGCAGCGGGCCUGGGCGCUUGGACCUGCCCCCAGGGUUCAUGUUCAAGGUGCAGGCCCAGCACGACUACACAGCCACUGACACAGACGAGCUGCAGCUCAAGGCUGGCGACGUGGUGUUGGUGAUCCCCUUCCAGAACCCAGAAGAGCAGGAUGAAGGCUGGCUCAUGGGCGUGAAGGAGAGUGACUGGAACCAGCACAAGGAGCUGGAGAAAUGCCGGGGUGUCUUCCCUGAGAACUUCACUGAGCGGGUUCAGUGACGGUGGCACCGAACAGCCUGGGUGUGUGAAGAACGCCUUUUCCCGGAAAAUGUGUGUUUCUCUCUCUCUGUUUUUUUUUUUUUUUUUUUUUUUUUCUUUUCCGUUUUUGCUUUUAAACUUUUGAAAAGCAAAGGGAAAUCAAGAGGAGAGACCUUAUCUGAGAGGUGUUCUCCCAAAGAUUAGGUUGUUUUCAAGAGCCCGGCCCAGCAAGCCCCGUGGAAUCUGCCAGUGUUCCUGAAGCUGCUGUGACCUCUAGUUGAGUUCCCGGCGCCCUCCUGUGCCGCAUGUGUGCCCAGCCAUAGGGCGGGGCGGGGCCGUGGAGCCAGGCCACUUGCCUGAAGCUUGGGCCGUGCCACUGGGGCAGGGGUCCUCUUCCUGGCAGCUGCUGUGGGUGGGGCCCAGACAGCAGCCCAGCCUGGCCCCGCCCCGCAGACCGUCUGUGUGCUGUUUGAAAAUAAAUCUUAGUGUUCAAAACAAAAUUAAACAAAAAACUGACAAAAACACUCAGAAAACA